AUGCAUAUCAAAACUGUGUUGACACCGGUCGCGUUGGCGGCCGUUGUUGGAGCUGCCCGGAAUGUCCGCGAUGUCGAGCCGUGUGCCCGAGUUAGCAGUUUGGUGGCGGAUGCCAAUGCAAAUCAGGCAAGUGCCAUUGUGCCUCAUGAUCUGGCACAUCAGUGUUUGGUAUCUAUGCCCUUCGACUCGGAUCGUGCCGUGAAAUUCCUGGAUCAGGUCCGCAAGAUCCUCGAGUUCCAGUCGACGAUCGAUAUUCUCAAGAAUCCUCCCUCGGGGUAUACCAUGCCCUCCACGGAUAUCCUGAGAGACAUUGAGACAAUUUUGGAUAAGGCCAAAAGCAACAGCUAUAAGAGUCAAUUCGAGAUGGAUUUGGAAUUGAAUCAUCUGAUCAAAUCGGCCCAUGAUGGUCACUUGGCCUUCCAGCUAUGCUCGCAGUCAAUCUUUACAUAUCAGGUCGAUAUGCCUCUGGUGUCAAUCUCAACAGAUGGGCUGGCCCUUCCUGAAGUGUAUGCUUUAGGUGAUGCCAAACUGCAAAAGUCCGGCUCAAAGGCCGUCUCGCCUCUGGUUUCUAUCAACGGCACUGAUGUGGCUAAAUACCUUGAACUAUAUGCCGAUGGCCAAACUCUUCAGGAUCGCGAUGCACAAUACAACCGAGUAUUCCCCGCGCCAGCCCGCAGUGUAACCAAUACUCCCAUCGGCGUGAAUGGAAUCUGGGCUUCUAUUGGAGACUGGACUGAUGGUGCCCAGCUGUCCCUCAAGUUUGGCAAUGGCACCGAAAAGACAGUCCAGAGAACAGCCACACCGAGCGAGAAGUUCUUUUCUUAUAAGACCGGCCAACGUCUCUUCGAAGUACAGUGCCUUCCUCGAGACUUUGCCGCGGCUUCAAGUAGCCCAUCCGGCGCCGAGGAGGCCUCCUCCGAGAUAAUAGGAUUACCCAAGACUACCUGGCGCAACUCGGCCAAUUCAAUUGCCGGAUAUUUCUCCAAAUUCCCAGAGCUCGAAGACACAGCAAUCAUCUUCCUUCCUACGUUCUCAUCCAGCGCAUCAGAGGUCGCCGAAAUUGCCGUUGAAUUCUUGCAAAAUGCCACCGAGGCCGGCAAGAAGAACGUCUUGAUCGACCUCUCGUCUAACCCCGGUGGAUACAUGUCCAUUGGCAUCGAUAUGUCCCGUAUCUUCUUCCCGCAAUCCGAGCCAUAUACAGCGACACGAUACCGCGCACACGAUGCAGCCAAGUAUAUCACCAAAGCAUACUCGCGCGACAACAAGACAGACUCGAGCAACGUCUUCGCAUACCGACAGAUGGUUCGUCCAGACCAGAAAACCGACUUCAGCUCGUGGGAAGAUCUCUACGGGCCGCAUGAGAUUCUGGGAAGCUCCGCUUCCAGCCUGCUAGCCAACUUCAACUAUACCUCCACGUCUUCGAAAGUCUUCCCCAUCAACGGCUACGGACCCGUUCCGUUGAACCCGAGCAAGUCAUACUUCUCAGCGGAAAACAUUGCCCUUAUCACAGACGGCGACUGCGUCUCGACAUGCGCUUUCUUCGUUAAGCUGAUGAAGCGCCAGGGCGUCCGCACGAUCACUUUCGGCGGCCGUCCGCGGAAUGAACCCAUGCAGGGUGUUGGUGGCGUCAAGGGCGGCCAGUCACUCGGUAUUAACUACAUCAAUGGGUAUAUCCAGCAAGCGAACGAACUGAUCAGAGACGCGGCUGAUAGUGAAUCGCCACUUCUGACGGCUGAUGAAUGGAAGGCAUUUAACGAGUCCAGCCCGAGUACGACUGCGUCGCUUCAGUGGAGUGGCAACCUGAAUUUGCGGAAUGAGUAUGAUCCGGAGGAUGGCGAGACACCGCUGCAGUUUGUUUACGAGGCUGCUGAGUGCAGGCUGUUUUAUACGCUGGAUAAUUAUUUGGAGCGGGAGACGGUUUGGCAGGCAGCGGCAAAGGCUAUGUUUGGGGGUGGACAGUGUGUGGAAGGAUCAACUAAGGGGAAGGGGAGCUUGGAUUCUUGA